CAAAAGUGACAGGGCUGCCGAUCCAAUCGCCUAACUUUACGAAGCGGCAAUACCAGUGGAUAUUGCUCGCUGCACUGCGAGAUCAUACUGUACAUAGAUCACAAAUCGAGCGGUAUUGCUGGCUGCGGCGGUAAACACAAUUUAUAGUUGAUUUCCGCCAGCUGGACGUUAUUUGCAACAAGUCUUGGCGGAGGCAACAGCAUGCGCCUCAUUACGCUCGCAAUAGCAGCGCGCGCAUGGAUCGCAGCGCUGGCAUUGGUCUCGCCGCCGGCGCAUCGCUGGUCGGCAGCGCCGCCAGCGCCUCGACGGCCGACAGCGCUGCGCAGCACGACGACGACGGAUACCGAUGCCGAACCCAUCACCAUCGAGACCGUCGACGACCUCCUCGACGCCCCGCAAGUCAACUGCGCGCGAGGUGUGUGUGUGAUCGACGAGACGGAGCCGGAGGUGUGUGAAUUUGACGAGAAUAUGGAGGAGAUUGUCUGCGUGCCGGCGGAGACGCCGCUCUGGCCCAAAGCUUUGCUGCUCGGAUCGUCCGUGUUGUAUGGGACGAACUUCGCUCUGGGGCGACUCAUGAACGACGCGCUGCCGGCGGCCGCGUCGACGUCGGCGCGCUUCGUGUUAGCGGGCGUCGCCCUCUUCCCCUUUUUAUUGAGGCUGGCGCCGAACUUGCGAAGGGACGCUCUGGUUUGUGGCUGCUUCACGGCGCUAGGCUACGUGACGCAAUCUUUAGCAUUAGUCGACACGCCGGCCGCGACCGUCGCAUUUUUGGGAGCGCUGACCGUCGUCGUGUGCCCCACGUGCGCCUUCCUCGUGGAGAAGCGGACGGACCUAGGGUUUCGCGAUGCCCCGCAAGUCUGGGUCGCGGCCAUCUUGGCCUUGGUCGGCGUCGGGUUUCUUGAAUUACCGUCAGUACUAGCGGGCGGCGGCGACCUGCUGUCGGCGGGCGACGCGUUGAGUGUCUUGCAGGCCGUGGGCUUCGGGACGUCGUUCUACUUAACCGAAAGGAUGAUGCAGAAGGAGCCGACGCAAGCUCUCUCGAUCACGGCGGCGCAGGUUUCGGUGACCGCAUUCAUUUCCGCCGUCUGGGCGUUUUGUGAUGGGUAUGGAAUAGGCCCCUUCGACGGGGGCUGGCUCUUGGACGAUACGUUGAGAGCGACGCACACGAUCCCGGGGUUGUUCCUGGACCCGUCACUACGCGCGGUCGCCGCGGCGGCGGCGUGGACCGGUUUGGUCACAACUGCAGCGAACCGCGUCGCCGAGACGACGGCGCUGGGCCAGGUCACGUCGUCGGAAGCUUCUGUAUUAUUAGCGACGGAGCCGCUCUGGGCCGCGGUCUUCGGCGCGCUCCUCAUCAACGAAGCGUUGGAACCCGAGGACAUCGCUGGUGGGGCAUUAAUUUGCGCGGCGUGCGUGACGGCGGCGCAGGACCGGGACACGAUGCGGCGGUUUUUGAGGUUGGAUGAGUCCUCGCGCGAGGACACAUCUAGUACUACGAGUAAGUCUUAGUCCAGGG